AUGGCCGACCAACAUCAGCCCGACUAUGAUAAAACGGGCGAAGACGGUGAAAUUAAGGUGAAAGUGAUAUGCCUCGGAGACAGUGCAGUUGGCAAAUCAAAGCUUGUGGAACGAUUCCUCAUGGAUGGAUAUCAGCCACAACAGUUGUCCACAUUUGCACUGACAUUAUUCAACUACAAAACAGAGGUGAAUGAGAAGAAAGUUUCAGUAGAUUUCUGGGACACAGCUGGUCAGGAAAGGUUCAGUAAUAUGCAUCCAUCAUACUACCAUCAAGCUCAUGCUUGUAUAUUAGUUUUUGAUAGUAGUCGAAAAGUUACAUAUAAAAAUCUACCAAAUUGGUUGAAGGAGUUAAGAGAAUACCGUCCUGAAAUACCAUGUCUGUGUGCUGCCAACAAAAUAGAUGUUGAUUACAGUGUUACUAAGAAAAGUUUCCAUUUCGCUAAAAAAUACAAUAUGCCAUUUUACUUUGUGUCUGCAUCAGAUGGAACAAAUGUAGUCAAGCUAUUUCGGGAUGCCAUCAAGGCUGCGGUGAUAUACAAAGAAAACCCAACAGAUUUCAUGGAUGAGAUUAUGAGAGAGCUGGAGAACUUUGACCUUGACACGGGUAACGCAGAUGGAUUGUCUGAUGGGGAACAAGAAGGACAGAGUACUAAAGGCACAGCAGGCCUGGCCAGCUGAGAUUUACAGUACUUCUAGUAGUUCACAACAUCAUCGCCAGCUCUGGUGCACUACAGUCGAGACGUUAUUGUAUAGCUGACAGGCAAGACAACAACUAGCACCUGUCAGGGGUGUAACCGGUCCUGUGAGGGGUGUAACAGCUCCUGUGAGGGGUGUAACCGCUUAUCAGGAUAGAAAUCAGGUUGAUCUCGUCUUAUCGACAUUUAAAUCAGUUUUGUGAUAUGGAUGUAGUGACUUUUUCGUUUUUAUUCACAGUUUAAUUGACCCAACACAUAUAAUUAGCAUUUCAAACUGUGAUGCAAAAGAUAUUCUUGUUUGGAUAAGGCAUACAUGCACACAGAGUGAAUGUCUGAAGAAUUACACGUUUGUGUCAUAAACAGAUUUCUCUUAUUGGGCUCCGCCAGCACUGUACAAAGGGAAGCAAAUCUUGUAACUGAUAAAACAGCCGUGCCCUCUACCUACUUAAAUAACAAUACCACUGACCUCAAUACCAACACCAGUAAUCAUGAAUAAUAAAGCUGACAUUGUUUUUCAAAUAGAUAGAGGGCACUGCUGUUUUAUCAGUUACAAGAUUUGCUUGCCUUUGUAGAAGGCUGACGAAUCCCACUGUCAAGACAAAUUGAUGCUAGCAAUUCACUAUUAUCCAUGUUAGUAGAUUUUGAGAUAGGUCUCCAGAAAAGAUCAUUUUUCAUUGUUCGUCCAUGUUUUCUUUUGUCUCCGUCAACUUUGGCUUGAGGAUAUUCUCAUUAUCAGGCCUGGCAUUGGACUCUACCUUAACACAUAUAUGAUGUGUUAAAAUGUAUCUCCUGUUUUGACCAAGAUAAAACCAGGUUACUUAGAUAUUGACAGGUUGAUUCUUUGUCUAGUCCCUACCAUGAACAUAGUUUUCCACAGCAGACAGCUUUUAUUCCAACACAUUGCUAAAUUCAUGAGGCAUUUGUGCAAUGUUUUUUCAGUCUGUUGAGUCAGUUUCUAGAUUAAAUGGAUCUUGAUCCCUGGAAUACCUUGUAUAAAAGCCCAUAAUUGUGCAAAAGUGUGCUUAUGGUGAGAAAAAAAAAAAGAAAUGUUAUGCCAUUCACAAAAUCAGAAGGGGGACGCAUCAUUGUUGCAUAAAUUACUUCCUUAUCCAAAUUAAUUCUUCUUCAUCUGUGAUUUGUGCAGAUACCAAAGCCCCACUGUAGGCUACUAGUAAUUCCAUAUACAUCAUUAAUAUUUCAUCACAAACUUUAUGUUACAUGCUAAUAUUACUGUCAUUGACAACAGGGCUGUAUUUCUUAAUUCAAGAGGCAAGUCCUAAAAUGACACUCUUGUCAUCCUUAGAGACCUGUCUGUCAUACAACUCCAGCAAGGACAUAAUCAGUUAAACACUGCGAUAUAAUUCGUACACGAAAUUCAUGGCAUUGAUCAUACACCAUUACAGGUGCAUUUGUGAAUGUGUUAUUUAAUUGUUCAUAGCGAUAAUAACGAUAGUAUAUAAUGAUUUCACUUUCAGUAACUUGUACAGGUCGCCUACCAGUUGGCCUUCUGUCAUUUACCCACAAAUAACACACAAGAACCUUCUUGAGAAUGGUGUUUAACACCAGACAAGUAAUGCAAUGUAAUGACGUCUUAGUGUGUAAAUGGAAGAUGAUUCCUUGUUGGUACAUGGUGCCAUUUUUAAGUCAUUAAUAGAGAGAAUCAGGUUGUCAGUAUUUAUGUACAGUAAGUCAAUACUGGCAAAAAAUUGUGAUUUGAAGUUUUUUAUAAACUUUAGUACUUCACUUGACUGAACUUUAGGAGAUAUUCACUGUCCACUACUGUGUACCCAUAUUUCAGUGUUGAAAAAAUUUCUCAUCUUGAAAUGUUGGUAGAUUCCAUAGGGAAGUACUGUCUUCUAAUUAUUUAUAUUGUGAGAAUACAUUCUGCCCAUGUUUCUUUGGAAACUAGUGUUAUCUUCCUCGGACCUGUGACUCAGUAAAUUGAUAAGCAAUUUGAUAUGUACUUGUAUUAAAAUGAGUGAACAUCUUUGAAGACCUUUUGUAAAUCAGUUUUGCUGGUUGUUCAUGUUAUGUCUAGUUUCUGGGGAGCUGUAGUGCACGACUAAGUAAGAUACAGCAAGAAACAGUCAGUUUAUAAUUACCUUCAUGACAUACGUAUUGGG